UGCUCGGAGAAUGUGCGCCGCUAAGCUCAAGAAACGCGAGUUUAGUUUGUAGCCUGCAGGCAAAUAAGCAAGCAAGCAACCGACCAACCUCCUGCCAGGAUGCCACAGUUGAGUCCUAGGUACGCAGCAGGACGCAGGAUGCAGACCGCGAUCCGGAUGGAGUCGCACGGUGCAGUAGCCGAAGCCGAGGGAAGGGCAAAAAGCAACGGUUUUGACACCAAGGAAUCUGUCUUGCUGGCUCCUUCAACCGGCCGCCAGGUUGUCGGUAGUCAAUCCGAGCCCUGUUCAGAAGCUAAUGAUUCCAAGUGGAGCUGGUCCGCCGCUUACCCGACCAAGAUCUCUACCGAUCCCAAAGAUUCAUCAGACUACAGUCUACACAGACCUCGGUCCUCGUCAUCACUCCUCCGGCUGAUCGAGUCGCAUGAUUACAUCUUCUCCUGCUGCCGUAUCUCCUGGCGUGUUGCCAAUGGUAAAGAAAGUGAGAGAAAUAGACGAGGUAGGAAACAGUGUCCGGAUAGUUGGCGGCUGGUCUGCAAGCCAAGUUGUCAGUUAGUGUCGUGUGGACUGGGGCCAACGCAAGAUAGCACGCUGCAAGUAUUGCGUAGGUGGUCAAUAGCGUCGCUUGGUCCCCUUGCACGGCAAGUGUCUACGACACCCGUGACCAGGAUACCGCAUCGAAGCACAACGACCGUACUAGGAUAUUUGGCUGGAAUUUGCCGCCGCUUGUCGCAGGGCGCUGAACUAAGAAGAGCUCUGUUCAAUCAGCCGACUGAUGACUUAGCACGUCAGUCUCGCAGAGUGCGAUCACGGUGAACUGGUGACAAGGGGCGAUGCGAUAAGAGUAAGUACGGUAGAGUAGCAGACAACACACCAACUUCCACGAAAUACUCCGUAUGUCUUUUC